CAGCUGGCCAUUCACACGCUGUGCCAGAGGGGCUGGGGAGUACACAGUGUGGCAUGGCUGGCAAACUGUGCACAGUGCUGUGAUAUAGGCUGUGCCUAUGUCUGAGGCUGGUCUCUGAUACCGCACUACAGGAGGGACCCACCUGCUUCCAAACUAGGGUGCUACUGGCUCUGCUGCUGCUACCGAUCUGAUAAAAUGGAUUCAGAUUUACCAACUCCUCCGCAUGUGCUAGGGAGGUCCCAGCUGAAUGCAGCAACAUCUGCCGACGCUUCUGAAGAUCCACAGAAAAUGUUUUUACCUGCACCAGACAAUGUCACUGAAGAGGAAGAAGCCUCGUUGCAGGAGCUGCAAGAGAAAGCCAAGUCUGGCGAUGCCAAGGCUCAGAGUGAGAUGCAGAGCAUCAACCAGGCCCUGUUCCAAAGUCUGCCCAAAAGCAGCGUAGAAUGCUGGAGAGACUAGUUAGUAGUGAAUCCCGCACUUAUUUCGCAUUGGAUGAUUUUGUUGAAAUUACAAAGAAAUAUGCAAAAGGGGUGGUCCCAAGUAACCUAUUUGUGCAUGAUGAUGAGGAUGAUGAAUUUGCUGGUAAAAGUCCUGAUGAAUUGCCUCUCCGCCAGAAGAUCAUGAAAUACCCACUCCAUGUCAUUACGGAACUUAAAGAGUACCUUAUUGAUAUUGCAUCAAAGGCCGGAAUGCACUGGUUAUCGACUAUCAUGCCAACUCACCACAUAAACGCGCUUAUCUUUUUCUUCAUUAUAAGUAACCUUACCAUAGACUUUUUUGCUUUUUUUAUUCCUCUGGUUAUUUUCUAUCUGUCCUUUAUUUCCAUGGUGAUUUGCACACUCAAGGUUUUUCAGGACAGUAAAGCAUGGGAAAACUUUCGCACAUUGACUGAUCUGUUGCUUCGCUUUGAACCAAAUUUGGAUGUUGAACAGGCUGAAGUCAACUUUGGUUGGAACCACUUGGAACCAUAUAUUUAUUUUUUAAUAUCUGUAUUUUUUGUUAUCUUUUCUUUUCCUAUUUCGGACAGACAAUGGAUCCCCUGUUCAGAGUUGGCCACUGUCUCCAUUUUCUUUACCAUUACAAGCUAUAUGAGCUUAAGCACCAGUGCAGAACCUUACACAAGGCGAGCAUUGAUAACAGAAGUAGUAGCUGGUUCUCUGUCUUUAUUGGCGCUUUUACCAGAAUCUUGGCCCUAUUGUCACUUGCUUAGUAAAACGUUCUUCACUGUACCCCUAGGCCAUUUUAUUAUAUUUCACAUAAGUGUCCCAUGCAUUUUUUUCAUGUACUUAUUCUAUCUCUUUUUCAGAAUGGCACAGCUGCGGAAUUUCAAAGGUGUCUAUUGUUAUCUGAUUCCCUAUUUAGUUUGUUUUAUGUGGUGUGAGUUAUCAGUUGUAAUUCUAAGAGAAUCUUCCACAAUUGGCCUGAUGAGGGCAUCUGUGGGUUAUUUUUUGUUCUUAUUUGCACUACCAAUGCUUCUGGUGGGUAUUGCAGUUAUGUUUGUUGUCCACUUAAUUAGAUGGUUUAUAUCUUUAGAACUUACCAAGAUUGUAGUAACUCUUGUAUUAUGCUCCAUUCCAGUAAUCUUUCGAUGUUGGUCUAAAGCAAACUAUUCUGUUCUGGGUAUGAUAAAGUCUUUAACAAAAAGCUCCAUUGUAAAGCUUAUUUUAGUUUGGAUUACUGCCAUUGUAAUGUUUUGUUGGAUAUAUGUAUAUCGAUCUGACGGAAUGAAAGUUUACAACUCUACUUUAACAUGGCAACAGUAUGGCUUUAUUUGUGGACCCAGGGCAUGGAAAGAAACCAAUAUGGCCCGAACUCAGAUUUUGUGUAGUCACCUUGAAGGGCACCGAGUGACAUGGACAGGCAGGUUCAAGUAUGUCCGUGUUACAGACAUUGACAACAGCGCAGAAUCUGCUGUAAAUCUACUUCCUCUUGUUAUUGGCGACUGGAUGAGAUGCUUAUAUGGGGAAGUCUACCCAGUUUGUGAUCCACAGAGUGUUACCAUGGAAGAAGAAGAGCUUUGCAGACUCAAGUUCCUCUCUAAGCAUGCGUGCCACAUGAAAAAGUUUGACCGGUACAAAUUUGAAAUAACUGUGGGCAUGCCUCUUAAUGGUGUAAGUGGUAAUAAGACCAUUGAGGAAGAUGAUAUUACCAAAGAUAUAGUCUUGAGAGCAAGCAAUGAGUUUAAGACGGUUUUACUAAACUUACGUCAGGGCAGCUUGAUCGAAUUCAGCACCAUCCUGGAGGGACGUCUUGGAAGCAAAUGGCCAGUUUUUGAACUAAAAGCUAUUGGUUGUUUAAAUUGCAUGGCCAAACUCACUCCUGCAUCAAGACAUGUGAAGAUAGAGCAAGACUGGCGACGUGAUGUACACACAGCAAUAAAGUUUGCAUUUGAUUUCUUCUUCUCGCCAUUCCUAUCAGUUGUAUAGCAAGGUAGUAAUGGAACAGUUAUUGACCUUUUUGCACUGUGAUGAAACCACAAAGCUUUCCUCACACUGUGUAGCUUUAAGACUAUCAGACCAUACAUGUUGCACUCUUUAUAACUUGGUUUGCACUUUUUUUUCAGAAUGGAGGAGUAUACAAAAUUUGAGUCUAGGAUUGUAUCUGAUACACAGCUCUAUAAUCUACUAUUGCCUCAUGCAUGGUUAUUCCUGACUCCUGUAGAUAUUUUGUAAUAACUUCAAAAACAUUAAUAAUAGAUCUUAUGGUGACUAUAUCUGAAUUACUUAAUUAUAACUGCAAAUAGGUAUAAAGCUGUGUGUUGUUGUUUUUUCUUAGGUAGAAGGUUUUCCUACUGUAACAAGCCUUAUAUGUAUUAACCUUACACAAUGCCUUAAUAAAAAGUGUAACAAUGUUAUAA